AUGGGAUCGUCCGCAUCCAAGCCCGUCGCCGACCGCUCGGUCGCGCGCACCUCCUCCAGCUCCUCCGAGACCAUCAACGAGAAAGCGCGCUACACCGUCAGCGUCAAUUCCUCCUCCACGCACGCUCCCGCCUCGAGCACCAUCAACCACCAUGCUGCGGACCGUCUUGCGCGCAUUCAAGCCGAGACCUUGUCGCGCUACACCGCCUCUUCGCCCUCGACCACCAUCGAGCGUUCGGCGGGCAUCUCGCUCUCCUCGCUGCCCGAUUGGCAGGCCUCAGCUCUGUCCACGACCGCCUCGCGUCUCGCGCAGAUGACGCUGCACAACGCCGCCAUCGCACCCAGCCUUCACAAGCGCACCACCGAAAUCUCGUGCGCCCACAUCUUCAGCCACGCCAUCCCGUACGAAGUCAAACCCGUGGUCAACCAGAAAUCCUCCGGUCGUUGCUGGCUCUUUGCUACCUGCAACGUCAUCCGUCACGGCGCCGCAAAGGUUUUGGAACUCGACGAAUUCGAACUCUCCCAAAGCUACCUGAGCUUCUGGGACAAGCUCGAGAAAUCCAACUACUUUUUGGAAAACAUGAUCGAGUUGGCGGAUGAGAAGCUCGACCAGCGCGUGGUGGGAUUCCUCAAGACCGCACCGACCAACGACGGUGGUCAGUGGGAUAUGGUAGCGAAUCUGUUGGAGAAGUACGGCGUGGUGCCCAAGAGCGUUUUCCCCGAGAGCUACAAUUCGAGCUACUCGAACCAGAUCAAUUGGUUGGUGACGGUCAAGUUGCGGGAAUACACGCUGGAGCUGCGUCAAAUCAAGCAGGAUGUGGAACGAAAGAUGACCUCCUUCAGCCCUGCGGAGACGGCUGUGGCGGUACGACAGGCGCAGAGGGCGAGGAAGGAUGAGCAGAUGGCCGAAGUGUACCGUCUGCUGGUCAUUUCGCUUGGAACGCCGCCGCAGCCCAACGACGAAUUCACCUAUCAGUACCGCAACAAACACGGGAAGUUCGUGACGAUCAAAUCGACCCCCAAACGCUUCCUCGCCGAACACACGGGUAGUUUCGAUCACAAGACGCGCUGCUCGCUCAUCCACGACCCACGUCAUCCCGCCGGUAGGCUCAUCACCGUCGAACGCCUCGGAAACGUCUGGGAGGGUACACCGAUCAGCUACGUCAACACCACCGUCGAUGUCAUGCGCCAGGCGGUCGUGGGUUCGAUCAAAGCCGGCCACCCCGUCUUCUUCGGUUGCGACGUAGGUCAAUUCUCUGACAAGACCUCCGGCAUUAUGGACCCCGCCCUGUUCGGUUACGAAGAAGCAUUCAAUAUCACCCUCGGCCUCAGCAAGACCGAGAGGAUCGAAUUGGGAGAAAGCUCCAUGACCCACGCUAUGGUUAUUACUGCCGUACACAUCGACGAAGCCACCGGCAAGGUGGAGAGGUACAGAGUGGAGAACUCGUGGGGCGAGGCGGGCGUGGGCAACGAUAAAGGUUUCAUGGUCAUGAGCGAUAAGUGGUUCGAGGAGUUUAAUUACCAGGUGGUGGUGAGUAGGGAGUUUGUACCCAAGGCGUUGUGGGGAGUGUUCAAGCGCGGGGUGGAUGAGCAGACGAUCCGAUUGCCGCCGUACGACCCGCUUGGUGCGCUGGCGUAG